AUGUCCAGUGACAGAGUUCAGUCUCAUCUUCCGCCAGACCGACCUACUAUACCAAGCCAAUACCACGAUCUGGGCAGCAUCCGGACCGUCGUGCUUGCCACUGUGAUUAUAUCGUUUGCCUCAGCAGACCUCAAAGUCGGCGAUGAUCAGUGUGCGGCACUUGCGUUCGAUUCAGCGCAAGGAAGAUUUCAGCCGGCAUUAGUGUGCUGCUCUAAUCUAGCGGGCAGAGGCUUCAGACCCACCCGAGCCACCAUGAACGACGUGCAUGAAGCCGUCCUUUCUAGCUCCAAAAUAACGCCCCCGGGAUGCAAGUCCAUCUUAAGUUCCUGCGAGUCGUUACUGCAUAGUCUCUACUCACUAAGUCUCCCAGAGUCAGCCAUCGACAUUGUCUCUUUUCCACCUUCCUGUCUCACCAAAUUUCUUUACACGAAAACCGCCGCGCUGCGAUUGAAUAUGACUUUUGAAAAUCUCGAAGCGUUCUUAAACAAGAAGUUCACACACAUAGUCGUUGGUGGAGGGACAGCUGGUCUUGUCGUCGCUAGUCGUCUUUCUGAGCGCUCUGAUAUCUGUGUCGGCGUGCUUGAGGCAGGCUUGCCUGCCUUUGACGAUCCCCGUAUCAAUGUUCCCGGUCGUUUUGGGGAGACGCUAGGAUCAGAACACGACUGGCAAUUCGAGACUACGAAGCAAUCUGGCCUCAAAGGAAGAAGUCUACCUUUUCCAAGAGGCAAGGUUCUCGGUGGGACCAGUGCCCUCAAUUUUAUGACCUGGAACAGAGGAUGUGCUGAUGACUAUGACGCCUGGGAGAGGCUUGGUAAUGAAGGAUGGGGAUGGGAUGGCAUUAUACCAUAUUUCAAGAAAGCCGAGAACUUUCACGAGCCAACACCGGAGCACCAAGAAGAGAAUACAUCCCUGUACGAAAUUACGAACCACGGUAAAGGAGGUCCAAUGCAUAAUACAUACUCCUCAAGCUACAGAGCGUCGCAUAAGCACUGGCAUGCUACGCUGAAUGCUCUUGGUGUCAAUACGAACCCAAGCCAUUUCUCAGGCUCAAAUGUAGGUUGCUGGACUACCAUCGCAGGGGUCACUCCGGAUAAGGGCGAAAGAUGCUAUUCUGCUACUGCCUAUUAUCAGCCUGUUGCUAAGAGGGAGAAUCUGGUUGUAUUGACAGAAGCCAUUGCUCAGGAAGUCUUGAUGAGCCGAGAUGACAACCAAUGGGUUGUAAACGGUGUCAGGUUCAGUCGUGGGGGAAAAGAUUAUUCCGUCAAGACCCAAGGAGAGGUCAUCGUCUGUGGUGGUGCUGUAUCAUCUCCUCAGUUACUUGAGCUAUCGGGCAUUGGCAACCCAGAAAUCUUGAAGCCUGCCAAUAUUGGAUGUAAGAUCGAAAAUGCAAAUGUGGGAGAGAAUUUUCAGGAACAUAUGAUGACAGCCAUGAUAUUCGAAAUCGACCCUUCGAUCACUACGCCAGACGAUCUACGCUCAAAUCCUAUCCUCGCUGCCGCAGCUGACAAGCAAUACAUCCUCGAGCGAGCCGGUCCACGAACCAUGAUACCUAGCUCCGUCUGCUACUUACCUUUCACUCGUGUCAUUCCCACCGAGAUCCUCCGGAAAUGGGGCCAGAGCCUCCUCUCUACUCCAUCGAAUCAUCAACUCCGCGACCGCAUACUAGCCGAGCGCCUUACUACGGAGAAGAACCUCGGACAGAUCGAAUACUACUUUGACAUCUCAAACUACAACCCCUACUACGCCUCUGAAGCCGGCAAGAAAUAUGCCACCAUGUUAAUGAUGCUGCAAUACCCCUUUAGCACCGGCUGCAUGCACAUUCCGCCCUCUCCCGCCGGAAAACCAAAAGCGACAGCCGAAGACAAACCUUUGAUAGAUCCGAAAUACUAUCUCGGCUCCGGCGGUGACGUGGACUUCCAGUGCAUGUCCCUGUGUCAGCGCUUUGCGGACAAAAUCUGCCGCACUGCACCGCUUUCAUCCAUAAUCAAGCGCCGCGUGUUCCCGCCAGAGAAAGGCAGUACCGGCGCCCCUCCACCGGUCGCAGAAGGAGAAGAAGACUUCUCCAACUGGGUCCGAGACACCAUGAUAACGGACUGGCAUCCGAUGGGGACGUGUGCGAUGGGCGGGCGCGAGGGAAUCAAGGAAGGUGUAGUAGAUGCGAGACUGAGAGUUUACGGAGUCAAAGGAUUGAGAGUCUGUGAUGCGAGCAUCAUGCCCUUGCAGAUCGCAGCGCAUUUGCAGGGGACGGUCUAUGCAAUUGGGGAGAAAGGGGCGGACAUGUUCAAGGAGGAUUGGGAUGCGAGAGGCAAGGCAAGUGGAGUGUGUGGGAUCCAAGCGAACGGAACCAAUGGUCUGAACGGACAUGUGAACGGGGAUGUAUAG